AUGCAUGAUUGUGGGUGGCUUAUAUUUGCAUUCCCCACUGAAUAUGAAAUGCUGAAAGUUCUUGGUGGGGGACCAUAUAAUGUGUUUGGCAGGCCGUUACUUCUCCAGGUCAUGCCUGAUUUUUUUUAUUUCAAACCUAAUGACAUGACCAAGUUGCCUACAUGGGUAAGAUUCCCCAACUUGCCUCUUCGGUGUUGGACCCCCCUUUAUUUGUCCAAAUUGGCUAGUGUUAUUGGGAAACCAAUACACUGUGAUGACUCUACAACUAAUAUGACAAGGCUAUCCUAUGCCCGGGUUCUUAUUGAGGUUGAUUUCCUGGGAGAUUUGCCUAGCUCUGUAAAUGUUAUUCUCCCUAAUGACUCCAACCUUGCUCAGCAAGUUCUAUAUGAGUCACUCCCCCACUUCUGUAAAUCAAGUCAUGUCCUGGGGCACACUGAAAAUGCAUGUCACAAAGGCACAAAGUCAAAGCGCAAGACAAGGCCUCAAGUCAUUCAUAAAGACUCUGGUUCUCCUUCUACGAAUAUAGUGGCAGUUGAGAAACAACAACCAUACAGUCAAGGGCCUCUUGUUGACACUCCUAUUGAUCCUAUAUCCACUGAAGUGGCCACCUCUAAGUCUAGAAGUCACUCCUCCCCUAGGCGUAAAAAAACCAAGUUUGUUGACCCUAAGCAAGCCUCAGAUUCUGUAAAGGGUGAGGAAGCUUUACCGGUUACCAAACAAUACUUAACCAGGAGCAAAGCUAGCAAAAAGGAUGCUCAACCCAAUUUGGGUAAACCGGGGUCAUCCAAAGGCCCCGUGAUUUUACAUUGCAGCUUUGAUGAUCUGGCACCAUUGUUAUUGAUGUAG